GAUAAAUUUCAGUCGAAGCCAGUGACACCAGUACCGAUUAUCGAACCUGAGAUAGAUGCCGUGACAACUUUGUGGAUGGAGGCACGUUAUAUAAAACAUCCAAUUUUCAUAAAUAUGCCGGCUGAGAUUUUUGGCGAGAAAAGAAAUUUGUACAUAUUUCAGAAGGACAUAAUGGAGUUGUUGCAAAGUCAAAAACUUUGCAUUUCUAUCAUUGAAUUCUUCAACAU